AUGCAAGGUAGAAGACCGGUUUUCUAUGCUCCUGUCGCUUGUCAUCCUUCUCAAGUUCGACAAUUGUUAUCUACACACAGUUCAUCAAAUUUUCGAGGAUCGCCAAAUUCGACAUCUAUGAACUAUCCAAUACUCUCAGAACAAAAGAACGAUUCUUACGGAAAUAACACAAAACAUAAAACUGCCGAAGGUGUGAAGUUUUCUAUUGAUAGAAUUUUAAAUGAAAAACCAGAAGUACCAGAAAGUGACGAAGAUGACAAUAACGGAGGAACAGUCGACGAAACAGCUCAUGUAACAGAUCUGCAAUCGACAGACUCAAGUAAACAGUUCCCAUGGUUGCAAUGCACUCGAUACAAACCUCCAAAACUACCAAGGCUUCAGAAAAAGGAGGUAACGAAGAAGAGAAAACUUGGAAGGAACCCGCGCGUUCCUUUUACACAACAUCAAGUUGCAGCACUUGAGCAGAAGUUUCGGCAAACCCACUACUUGAGUAGCAUGGACGUUGCUGAACUGUCUACUGCACUCAACCUUACAGAGACACGGGUGAAAAUAUGGUUCCAGAACCGGCGUGCUCGGGAACGGCGUGAUCGUGAGGCAAGCCAGAGGGGAGGGCUCCUUUCCCCGAAGUCUGUGUCAACUGGUGUAUCUGCGACAUCCUCGCCCUGGUCCUUCCCUAUGUAUCCCUCUCACCCCGCUCUUGCUCAGUAUCGUGACGUCACGCAGACCAGCAUGUCCGCAUUCACUCCGGUCACCAGCUGCUCCACGCCGCCCUGAAACACCAAACUGAAAAAAGCGCCUGCUCUGGUCAUGAUUCUGAUAGGUCUUUGGUACCUUUCUCCACGUUCAGUGAGUUAUCGAAGAGCAUCCAUUUGCUUUUACAGCCUGGAUACUUUAACCCCCGACCAUUUAUCUGACGCCUGUCGACAGGGUGCAUGAAUGAAAGACAGCUACCUAAAGUGGCGUGUAAGUUUUGGUAUGGAAGUAUGGUAACCAUCAUUGCCCUUUUUUUACUGAGAGGAACUUACAAUGACAGCAAUGGAUAAAAACAUUGAUUGUGAAUGAACACAGUGCAACUCAUGCUCGGAUCGAUACAUAUAAUAUCUGCAGUCCAUUUCUAUAACAAAGCAUUUCAGAAUGGACAAUGACUGUCCAAAACACAGGUCAAAUGACAGCUGUGUGAAAUUGAACAUUGUACGUGAUUUUGGUUUUUUCAUUGUGUCUCUUUUCCACUUGUUAUUUUUAUUAAAUAUGGCAUGCAUUUAUGUUACGAAGGACAACAUGGUCUCCCUUGAAGAGAGCAUCAAUUGGUUGAUGGUACGAUGCUGAAAAUUGUUUUACCGUUUAAUUGUUCAUAUUGUGUUUCUUUUGUCUUUAAGUUAAGAGGGAACAUCUGUAUUUACUAAUAAAGUUUUAC